AUGUCUAAAGUAAUUGCUAAGGACUUUUUUAUCAUUGACACAGCGACUGGCUAUCUUCGACAACGAACAGAUCUGGAGGCACGCUACCCCACUUUACUCUGCAAGUUUCGUGUGGCCGUGGGUUCCAAUCUAAUCCAACUUGGGUCCAACCUUUCUCACUAUCUGCAUACUACUGCACCUACUGCCACCCCUCCUCUUCAAGAUGAUGGGUUAUGGCCUAUUCUCGAAACACAAAUGUCAGUUUUUAUUCGGUUUUUCGAUUCUCCCAAAAACUUAGGCCUCUGGAUACGGAAUACCUUGUUUGAACCUCAAGCUAUAACUGAAUUUAGUCCAACAAAAUGGGACAUAUUUUGGUAUAUUCCCCUUCCUCCUGCAGCCCACAUAGUGUGGUUUCGAACAAUCCAUAAGAAGAUCCCUACCAAAAGGCUUCUUCACUACUUGGUCCCAGAUACUCAUCCAUCGUCUGCAUGUAUUCAUUGCCAUCACCCUGAGGAUAUUCUAAAACACUUUAUCUAUGAAUAUCAAUUCUCAUCAGUUACUGUCUCUAGUUUUCACUUUGGAUUAUGGGGAAUUCAGACGAAUAAAAUCUCCUAUAGCCUCUUCGGUAUCUCUGUUGUCCGUGACCGGUUGUGUUCUACUUGGAUUAUGAAAAGCUCAUUGGGGAUCGGUUUUCGAUGA